AAUUUUCUCAUAUGCUUCAACUUUAAUUUCCCCACGUGGAUUUAUUUUUUGGAGGUAAGGUUACCGCAGAAUAGUCGGGAGAAUAGUAUGUGGGUACAAAUGGGAAAAGUUCAAGCUGAGUUCACCGAGCCUCAAGUAAAAAUUGUUACCUUAUGCAAUGGGUAUUUCUUGGAGUUAUGGUUUAUCUAAUUUAAUAACAAUCCAAGCUAACUAAUAAACAGUGAGGAAGGCCAAAUCACUUAAACGGGCUAAUAAAUUUCUAACAUAUAAAAGUCUGCACGAAACGAAUUUUCUCUUUAGUUCAGAUAAAUUACUUUCGGUAUUACAUGGGCUCAGCAUGAAAUGUAGUUCGAUUUUCGUACUUCUGGUCAGCUUCUCGUCUGCAUUAUUUACCAGUGAACAGUUUUAUCAGCAGAGCUCCAAUAAUCACCAAAUAAGGAUACCAGAUAUAUUCCAGUCGCCAUCCUUUUUCAGCGAACACUUUACAGAUUUUGAACAGCUCAAACCUUUCCUCAAAAGUUCUGGUCAUCGCGAGGAAUUAGCGGACAGUGCUUCGGAAAGUAGUGAAUUGAUGCCAGUUAAAGUUGUAAAGAACUUUUACUUUCACGUGGCUCCUGAUGACUAUGAACCGGUUCAACCGAUUACUCAGAAGGUGACAUCAGUGCCAAGAGUACAAAGUUACAAAGUGAUAUUUAUUAAAGCACCUGUCGAGCAAAGGAAAACUACCAAUGCCGACGUAGUUAAUGCAAAACGUGACCAUAAAACAGUUGUUUAUGUAUUGCUUGAAAAGCCUGAAGUUAUUGAAAUCGAAAAGGUUUCGUCGCAACCUGAUCCGAGGGAGUUUUUGACACCUGAUAUUCUUUUCACAAAUCACAAAAUCAAUGAUGAGGCGGAAAAUAUACGGGAAAGAAUUACAGCUCAUUAUGGUUCCUUGCAACAAUCUAACAAUGCUUACAAUGUGGAAUUAGGCCGGAGAAUCAAUGCUAUGGCCGAAUAUCGUCCUCCCACAGAUAUCGGGAAAAAUAGCAAAAGACGUAAAAAAAUAUUUAGAUCCUUACGAUAUACAAAUACACUCCGGACUGGAGUCAGAUAAUCAACACUCUAAUCUAGACUAAUUUGUUGUUUACUACCUUCUAAGUUGUUAAAAUAUAGCUCUUUAAUUUCA